AUGUCUGCACUAACAGGCUCUGGAAACACUAAAGCGGAAAUGCUUCAACAUCUCUUACAGAGCGCAGGGGACACAGGGGAGCUUGACAUUAGCACUUGCAUGCAGACAGUUCGGAAGGGCGAUACGUCGGAUGAUCCACAGCCAGGACGUGACCGUGAAACGGUGUACCGUCCAGGAGCACCUUUCCUUAUCCCAUCAGCUUUAAGUUGGGAAGAUAGACCAAAAUUGGCUGCCGGGGCGUCUGGGGCAGCCGCGCUGCUUACUUGCUGCGCGCUGCAUCCUUUCGACCUCAUCAAGACUCGCAUGCAAGUUGCUGCAGUCACUGGCGGAGCCAUUCCUCUCUACGGUUCGACUCGAUCGGCAAUAACUCGAAUUUACAAACAAGAGGGCCUCAAGGGGCUCUGGAAAGGAGCAAGUGGCCUCGUCGCCGGCCUUUUCGUCACUUGUCUGACGCACCCGUUGUGGCUCGCCAAGGCGCGAAUGGAAAUGCAGGCAAAGGAAGCAGAGGCUUCCGGUUGGCCUCAGUUUCGCAACGGCUUCAGUUGCAUAAUGAGCACCGCCCGCGGUGGUGUGAGAGAAUCUUACAAGGGCAUUGGCCCCGCCUUAGCCUUAGUACCGCACGCAGCAAUUCAAAUUGCAGUUUAUGAGCGGCUCAAGCGAAAACAGUAA